CUAUCUGUAUUUGAUCAUUGAUGACCCGCAUCUCACCUCAGGUCAACUUCGCAAAGUCUACCAUUCAGCCCCAGUAAUGAUGUUCGUUAUGCGAAUCAUUUUCAUCCUGCUGCCUUUGGCUGCGGCAAUGCCUUCGUCCGACUUCGCGCUGAGCCCUCUUGUCCGCCGACACUGCGUGGAGCCUAAGAAUUGUGGAGCCACUAUCCAAGGAACCAUGUGCAACUUCUGUUGCGCAAAGGAUGUCAAACCCGAUAGCACGCACUGCAAGUCUGCGAAUGCGGCGUGCCAGGCUGGUGGAAAGCCUGACGGUGUCACGUUCAAUUGUGAUGCCGAUUAAAAGAGAAAAGUCGGCUAGAGGCGACAGGGACGUCUCCCGGCAAGACUCUGGACGCGAAAUUGGUCAUUGGAGCACUACUUGAAGAACAGAGGAUGAUCCUGGGUAGUGUAUUAUUAAAGACGAGAGGCCGCUUUUUAAUAUUGAGACAUGUGUUGAAUUGCUUCAUUUUUUUUUUCCAAGAAAGUAAAUCACUACUAGCUCUGAAAGCUUAUUCCUUUGUGGAAGGGCGUAUUGCGACACGAU